AUGGAUUGUAGGACAGCACCACGCCUUUGUAUGUGCCGCUGUCCGAUGCCAGCGGCUUUAUGUCUCGAUCGUGCUGGCUUCUGCUGCGAGCUAGGGCAGCACCUUAUUGUUGAGCCGUUCGACAUCUUGUCCAAAUCCCUUUCCUCCUCUCUAUUCUCCCCUUUACACUGUUAG